AUGCAAAUUCCUUGUCUUUUUCUGCUGCUCGUCGCGGCAGGCUGGUAUGGCGAGGCUAGUGCUGCGGCGAUACCCCUUGCGGCUGUAGACUGCGGUGUAGGGCUUCCAGUGUUGAACCAUCUGGGGCGUCCGUGCAGGGCAGUCGAACCGCGGUGCACGGGAGGGCCAAGUUUGACCGUAUCGUCGCCGCGCAGAUGCGACAGCGCUGCGUUCAACCCGAAUAGCGCAUGCUCGUUAUAUCACGGAGGACCUGUCCCGUCGUGGAAGGCAUGGUUCAAACAACAUUUUUUCUCGAAACUUCCUCACAGUUUACAUCAAUCAAUCUUCGCUGUCACACAACUCGGCAUCCCAAAAUUGGCGGACACUGCCCUCAGGGAUAGCAAAGACUCCGAUAUCCCAGAAGCCAUUAGCAAGUCUGAAAACGCAUCCUGGUCGACGGUGCAAAUUGUCACCCCCAUAGUCGUGGGGGUGUGCGUUGCGAUUUUUGCGGUCCUCAUAUUCGUCUUCUACCGGCGCUCACGACACCUCCGCAGCCCCGACUAUGCCCGCGCGCACCUCAGCACCCCCCCUCUCGAGCACGCGGCUGGGCAAUUCCACUGGUACCGUCGCGGGAUCCGGUCGCACCAGCACCUCCCGUCGAACGGGUGGCUGCACGCGCCGUGGUUUAUCUUCCGCCUGUUUCCUAGCUCACGUCCGACCAGCACGCCGAAGGAUCCGACGUGGGAGAUCGACCGCGAGGCCGACGUGAUCUGGAUUCACUCGCCGGACGAGUCGUCCACACCCUCCGCACUAUCGACGUACUCCCGAGCACAUUGUCCGACCCCGGGCGACUUAGACCUCGCGGAGCCGGGCGACGUUGCGCACAAGCAACCACACUCCCGCAUACAGUCGCCGCACCCACAUACCCGAGAGAUGUCAGACGCAAGCGCGUCAUCGCGCACGGCGCUGUUGCCGCGCGUGGAUCUGCCCGUGACGUCGUUCUUCGACCGUUUCAUGCGCUUCAAGGACGGCGUGCGGAAGAGCCCUAGCUACAAGCUCGUGCAGGUGCGAGAGCAGCGGCCGAGCUCGCGGUUCAGGAUCGACCGCUCCAACCCGACGACGCGCGCGUCGACGCUCGAGGGCCCGCCGGCGGAGCCCUCGCCAGAAACUACGAGCUCUGGGUCACAGAGUGCGGGGUCUUCGCCGCCGCCAAGGUCGGGCUCUCCCCAGCCGCUUGAGCCGGGGGAUGAUGACGAGAGGAGCGUUCUGUUGAUUUCGCGGACCCCUGGUGUGGAUUUUGCGAUGUCGGAUGCAUCGUGUGUCUCUGAGCAUGAUAACUCCUGA